GUAACUUAAUAUAUCACAUUUUCAUUACUUACAAAUAUCACAAACAAAAACAAUAGCGAAGAAGUAAAAAGCCCUCAGCAAAACGCAGCGGAACGUUUAGCUUUUUUAAAGCUUUCCUCCGCCUGUGAAAACAGCUUUUUCUGUACAGCCACAAAGCAGCUUAAAUUUUCUUCGGACAAACUGGCAACACUGGCGCGGCUGGCGUCGCAUUUUUGGAUUCAAUUGUUUAAUUUACCAGUUUUGCGUUAAUUUAGCACAGUUUUGACGGCAAAAAAAUGAAAAUAUACAAGCAGAAGCUGCGCGACGUCUGGCUCCAGAUGGACGAGUUCCGGCAGUGGCUGAGAAGGGAUCCGGACGAUUCGUACAGGGCGCAAUGCCGCUUCUGCAAGUGCUGCGUAAACACGAAAAUCAGCGAUUUGCGGGCCCACGCCAACACCAAGAAGCACCUUAAGCAGGUGGAGAUCAGGAACCCCACAAUUACCCGCCAGAUUGAUGCCGAGGGACAGCUUGUGACGACCGCGUCCACCAGCAGUCCUGCCGCCAGCUCCUACCGCACACCAAAGAGGACCACGACUCCCAAGAUUAAGAAGGAGGUCAGUGCGAAGAAGGUGGUGGACGUGAAGAAGGAGAAGAUAAAGUCGUGGGACCCUCCUGUGGACUACGAGCAGAUCAUUGAGAACUUGGCCCUGUACGAGCCCGAGCAGGUGAUGUUCUCCAACUGUCCACCCAACGACACCACCGAGCAGGCGUUCGAGGAAGAGUGCGAAGUGGAACCCGAGGGCGCCGAAAUGUCCAUGGUGAGCAUCGUCGACGAGGAAAUGGUAAACAAGGCGGUGACCAACGCCAUGGCCAGCAUCCACAAGGACUCGUCACAGGUCUUUGGUGACUUUGUGGCCGACCGACUGCGUCACCUGAAUCCUGACGCCUCCGAGUUUGCCAAAGACAAGAUUCUGAAGGUUAUUCUUGAGGCAGCCUCUAUCGACCGGGCGCCCACUUACAGUUAAAGCGACAACUAUGGUGGAAUAAUUAGCAUAUAUUAUGUUUUACAUAGAAUUAUAAAUGGCAAAGAUGCAAGCAGCAAUAUAUAUAAUCGACAAAGUAA